CAUUGUACUUUUAACAGUAUUUACGAUGCAAUUUUCAGUGAGCUAUCAAGACUCAAAACAACCGGUGAAGUUUGAUUUUGUGGGAAUGUAUCGGCGAAACGGUUUCAAUACAAUUGUCACAAAAGAUAAAUCGCUUCUCCAGGAUAUGUCUAAUGAGUUGAACCAGUUUUUCGAUCGUUUUAGAAAAGCACCGGCAGAUGACCUAUUGUUUAUCAUACGCGACGACUUUGGUUCGGUAAUCAACACUUACGUGACCGGUGUCGACAUAUUUCAGAAAGAAUUUGCCAAAAAAAACAUACCGUCAGUCGCACAGACAUUGAAAUUGGUGUCUGAUUUGCUUAAACAAAUCGGUCAGACACUCAAUAAGACAAUUACACCACUAAUAGGACAGACUAAACGAAAAGGCAAACCAUUGGUGAACAAAAGUUUUGUUUCGGUUAACAAAAAACUAGCCAAUGAAGUGGCCAAACGAUUGAAACUACCGCAAGAGGCGCCCAAAUUAGUGUCCACUAUAUUUGUGGAGAUAAUUCAAACGACAAGCCGGGCAACCAAUCAGGCCAUCCAAUCGAUUUUGGAUAAGACUAAAGUGAUGGGUGUAUUACCCGCAAAGUACUUACCCAUACAAGUGUUUAGCCAAACAUUGGACGUCCUUUUACAGAAAAUUGCUGAUACCUUGAAAUUGGCUAAACUCUAAUAUA